ACAGUACAGGAAACAGCGGAGCGCACAGUGCCCACCUGAAUGCGUCAUGGAGCCAGCAGUGCACAAGAGCUGGAGGAGAGUCGUCCAUCAUUUCCACAGAGCCUCUUUCAUUUCAAGGAGAAACCAUUCAGGUCAGGCUGAGCCUGCAGCUGUUCCUGCCUCCCCUCACUCCAGUCAUGUCAAGCCCACACUCCUGGUAUCUCGUCUUUACCAGCCGUCAAACCUGCGUGAUAUGGGGCAGGACAGCCGGCUUGCGGGAGAGAUGAGCUGUAAAAGCCAGAGGCUCAUGCAGCAGGCUGGCCUCAUCCAUCCAUCAAACCCAGGGUGCUACUACUACCUUCCUGCCACUGUCCGCUCCAUGGAAAAGCUGGUAAGGGUGAUUGACCAGGAGAUGCAGGGGAUUGGCGGACAGAAGUUAGACAUGCCUAGUUUGUGCUCUGCUGAUCUCUGGAAAGCCAGUGAGCGCUGGGAUUUAAUGGGAAAGGAGCUGCUCCGACUCAAAGAUCGUCACGGUGCAGACUACUGCUUGGGUCCCACACACGAGGAGGCAGUAACGACGCUUGUUGCUCAUCAGGCAACGCUCUCUUACAGACAGCUGCCUCUGCUGCUGUACCAAAUCACCAGGAAGUUUAGAGAUGAGCCAAAGCCUAAGUUUGGUCUUCUACGAGGGAGAGAGUUUUACAUGAAAGACAUGUACUCCUUUGAUGUGAGUGAAGAAGCUGCUCAUCAGACGUACGAGUCUGUGUGUCAAGCAUACGCUCGACUCUUUGCCAGGCUGGGCCUACGUUGCGUUCAGGUGCAGGCAGACACGGGAAACAUUGGCGGCACACUCUCCCAUGAGUUCCAGCUGCCAGCAGAUGUUGGUGAAGAUCAGCUUCUGGUCUGUGGGAACUGUUCCUUCUCUGCUAAUGUGGAGACUUUGUCUUCAGACAGAAAUGACUGUCCACAGUGCAAAACUGGCACACUGGUAGUGUCGAGCGGUAUAGAAGUAGGUCACACUUUUUAUCUGGGUAAAAAGUACUCCAAUGUAUUCCAAGCCACUUUCAGUAGUACCCAGAACAAACUUACUGUUGCUGAGAUGGGCUGCUAUGGUCUUGGUGUGACUCGUAUUCUUGCUGCAGCAAUUGAGGUGAUGUCAACAGAGGAAGAGAUACGCUGGCCGGGUCUUAUUGCCCCUUAUCAGGUUUGUGUUUUACCCCCUAAAAAGGGUAGUAAGGGAAAUGAGGUCUCAUUCUUAGCAGAAGAACUAGUUCACACUUUGGGCGAGGCUUUCCCUUGUUUGAGAGGCGAAGUUGUUCUUGAUGACCGCACACAGAUGUCCAUUGGAAAGCGGCUAAAGGAUGCUAACAGACUGGGCUAUCCAUACGUAGUUGUAGUAGGACAGGGAGCGCUGGAAGAAACACCAAAGUUUGAGGUGGUGUGUCAGCAGACAGGUGAGACGAUGUUUCUCAGUAAAGAUGGAGUGCUGGAUCUGCUGGGGAAAGUGAAAACUGUUUAACAAAAAUAAUUGACUUUGUUUAAAAAAUAAAAUAAAAAAGCUUGCGUUUGUUGGUACUUUGAAAGUGAAUAGCAA